AAGAAUUGCUUCACGCUUGUGUCCAUUUCCUGCAUGGUGGCAAUAAUAGAUUCCAUAAUAGUUUUUCUGUGGAAUUGGACUAGACGAAUGAAAUAAAAUCAGUAAGCAUGCUCGCCUGAAUGUCAUUUAAACAAAAGUAUCCAGUUUCCAGAGUCAGAAUUAUAGUAAAAGUAAAGAUAUAUAUAUUUACUUUUAACUUUAUGUAGAAUCAACAAUUUUGAUCACUUCCACCAUCCAUUCGCUAGAAGAAGCCAUAUACAUUUCUAAUAAGCAGUUAGAAGCCAAAUAUCCUAGAAACUUGUACAUACAUAUAUCACAUCAUCACCGCUUCUAAAUUCAUACAUAAAUCUCACAGAUGCCAUGCAAUGGUUUUAAAUUAAUAUUUUAAUACUAAUUGCUCGGCUGAGGUAAGCAACAGCGAAUAAUUCUAUGUGCAUCAUAAAUAAUUUUCGUGGUUUAAAAUUCAGAGUGAUUAGCAAUUCGCAAUUCAUAUAAGUAUAAUACUUGUUACAUUUUCUUUGUCUUUAUUCCAACAUCUUGAGCAUAAAGUUGUAUUGUAGUUAUUGUGGCAGGUGGAUACAUACAAAGAACGACAAACGAAGCCCCAAAAGUCUCUCGUCGUACGAGAGCAGUUAAAUUUUGCUCGUGUUCAUCAGUUGCUUUUAUAAAGCAUUCUACUCUAGAUUCAUAAACCGUAUUGUACUCGUCGUAUGGACUCUUUGCACAUCUUCUUAAGGAACAUUUAGCUACAGAAAUUGUCUCAACUCAAAGGAUAAUUAUUUGUUCAUGUUUGGAAAUUGUGUGCGUCGCAGCAAAAGUUCGCGUUUUUUGCAUGUCAUAAAGUGCAUAAUAAGUGAUUUUAAAGUCAUAUAGUACACAAUUUCAAGAAGAACUACAACGAUGUUAACGUAAGUGCUUGGAAUUAGCGUAUUAAUUGUUAUUCUUCUUCUGCCAUCAGAAUAUCCUAAUUGAAAUCGGUCAAGCAUGCAAUGGGGUAAAAGUAAAAUGAGGCGUUAGUACAUGCAUGCCUGCCUACCAUAACCUCUCCUCCUUGUUAAAUUAAAACUCGUCAUUAGGGUUGGUCAUGUACAGAUACAUUCACACCAAACUCAUCCUCCUGCCAAAUAUCUUGACUCUCUUAAAAAUUUAUGCUACUUCCUUCUUCUUUGGUGCAGAAAGUAGUAACACGCUGGCGAAAGGAAUAAAGUCUAUUGUUUGCAAAAUACCACUACCACCACCACCAUCACCACCGGCAUGGAAGUAAUACCGAGAAAAGCGAAGCUGUCCAAGCUCCAAUCAACACCCGCAAACUUUGUGGAUUGCAGAAGUGAGGAUAAAAAAGUCGGCUAUGACAACGGGGUAAACUCCUCCAAGGACAGGAUCUUUGAUAUGCUUUCACUAAAGUCAAAAAGCAUGGAAGAUAAGUUGGAUAAAUUGUGCAGCAGCAAUCACAAAGAGGGCAACAGUCAGAUGAAAAACAACAAGUCAAUUUUUAAGGGUCACAAGUUUUGUAUGGAUCCAGAGCAAAUGGGGUUUCGACUGAAAAAAAUGUCUGGCAAGAAAACACAGGAAGAAGAAAUGUUGGAGAAAAGGUUUCUAGGAUUCUCACUUUCCCGACCCACCCCACAAGUAAGACUUAACAACUUGAACAACUUGCUGAGCUCGUUGACUUCCCCCGACGACGACUCCACCCCCCUCAGUUUGACUGAUGCCAAGAAUCAAAGGCUGAUUUCGAAGCAUCUUUGCCAUCUCAGAAUUAGCGUUUGUGGAGACAAGGGAGAGAAAGUGUUGAACGACAAGGAGCACGCUUCCCUUACAGACGUCAUGGUCAAGUCUGGCUUUAUUUCCAUGUUGGUGAUGAAAAUCCCACUUCUUGGAUUCGAAGAGAGGAAAACUGCCUGUCUCAUUUGGUGCAACUUAUUUCGACGCCCUGUUUCUGAGGGACCCAUGGUCACUUAUCUGGAGGGCAACCCAAAACUCUUGUUUUCUCUUUUGGAUGGAUACCACAACCAAUCCCUUGCACUGACGACUGGAAGGAUGCUCAGAGAAUGCAUCCGUUACGAACCGCUGGCCAAGUUGAUUCUGUACUCGGAAUAUUUCUACGAAAUUUUCGAGUUUCUGAAAACGUCAACUUUUGAGACCUCCUCUGAUGCUUUCAUCACAUUCCAAGCAAUUUUGAUGGAACAUAAAAAGCAGUCUGCGGAAUAUAUUAAGGAGAAUUUCAACAAGUUUUUCACAAAUUAUGACAAGUUGCUUACUUGUGACAAUUAUGUGACGCAAGUGGGCAGUUUGAGGUUCUUGUCCAGGUUGCUGUUGGAGAGGCAAUUUUACGACCUCAUGCGACAAUACGUACAGGACGGAGCAAAUCUGAAGAGAAUCAUUUUGCUCAUGACGUCUUCCUCUGGAAAUAUUCAAUUGGAGGGAUUUCACAUUCUAAAAAUCUUUAUUGCCGAUCCUGAUCCUGCUCCGCAAGUAAAAUCAAUCUUCACGAAAAAUAAGGAUCGACUAAUUCGCCUCAUCACGAUGAUUAACGGUGAAAAAUAUGGGGAGACGUUUGGCGAAGAAAAGGCCUACGUCAUUAAGCAGUUGAAGGAUUUGAGCAAACGACAUGGUUCGGGUGUUAGCUCAGUAACUGGUUCAAGUACCGAUGAUACAGAUGGAUAAACAGUUCGUGUGUAUCGCUACUUAAUUUAUGCUACUUAAGUAACGCAUAAAACAAAUUAUAUAUCCAUUUCCUUAUUUUGUAACUAUUAAUCAACAUGGUAGGAAUUCUUGGAUUAAGAUUUGAGUUAUGUAAGAGUAUUGCUAUUUGUACAAACUAGUUAUAAAAUCAAAAAAUAAAUAGAAUAUCAGAUAUUAA